UGUAUUUCUCGUUCUCCAUCUGUCCAGGAUCAAUUUGAAGUGGAACGUCUUCGGUAAGGAACUUCAUGCGACGUUAUGAUUUAGGCUUUGAUGUUGAAAUUCCUUGGUUUUAAUAAAUAUUAGCUGACUAAACUGAUAACUCCACCAGAAACGUCCUUCCCUGUGGCCUUUAGUCGGCUAAAUAAAUAUAGGCCUUGAAUAACUUAUUAUUUUUUUGUAUCUACUCCGUUGCACAUGGUUUUUAAUGUGAAGGUUGUCUCCACGUGAGUGAGUCACGAGUAUAUUUGUUUUCCCCAGGUAAACUCUCAAAUUUGUAAAAAUGCACAAACAGGAAAAACCACUGUCGACACUAUGGGGUAGGUUAUAUUUAGCUAGAAAUUGUGUACCUAUAGUGGCCUUUUUUUUUUUUAUGUAGUUUUCAGAGCUGUUAGAAGGAAUCAGCUUAUUUUUGUAUUCUGUUUUGUAGGUUGCGAACUCAGUGAGUCAAAGAUGGAGGAAACAUUCAAAACGGAUGACACAAACUACCAACAUCAACUCGCCCUGAGAACUGUAAGUCAUUACUCAACAUGGCGAAUCUUUGACAUUUUACAAUCCAAAAAGUGCUGUACAAACACGUGAACUGACUUUGUUUCAGGUUGUCUUUAUUGCAGCCCUGCUGAGCAUGUCUGAAUUACAUUUGAGAUCUGUUAAUUUGGGUAGCACAACUGCAAUCAAUACAACCUGGAACGCAAUUUAAAUAACUUCAUUGGUGCAUUUUCAAAUGACUGACAUGUCUUUGGCAGAUGUGUCUGGGCGCAGGCGCCAAAGAAGAGUUCAACAUUGUGGAGUUGAUUACUGGAGAACUGGCUAAUGUUAAAGGUGUACCCAUGGCCACCCUGCAUGCCAAUGGCAUGCCCAUGGUAAAAUGUAGUCCCAAUCAAUUUGUUCUGUGGCAACCUGAAUUUUGAUUUUAAGCCUAUUGCUGUGCCGAUAACUUCACAAUAGAAAACCAGGUUUAUCAAUUGAAUGAUUGUAAAAAUAAAAAAUAAAAAUGCACUUCCCAAUGCCCUAGUCCUACAUGGCUAAUUAAAGUUAACUUAAAUCUGCUAAUGUUGAGGGAGUAAUCACCAGUGGUUACAGGCCUAUCCUAGUUGGGUGCCUAGGUCAGUUUGAAUAGCAACACUUAUUGUCUGUAUUGAUCUCUCCAGGUCAAUCUCUCUGGGAUUGAACUCCACCCUCCUGUCACCUUCAGGCUGAAGAGUGGAGCCGGACCUGUUUACAUCUGUGGGGAACACGUCGCACGUGAGUAGGGAUGCCCUAAAUGAUGGGUUGAUGGGUGUGAAAAUGAAGGCCUCUAGCCUUCCAGCUUAUCAUGGUCUUGAGGAGUAGCUGGUUUAUUACUGUAGGAUCUGGUGUUAUAAUAACGUUUUUCCAGGGGGUAGCUCUAGAAGAGGUUCAGACAGCCAUAAAUUACAGGGCUUUCUAACUGGGAGCUGUCGUUUAUGUAACUUGUUGUUUUCAAGUGGAGGAUGACUUCUCAGGCAUGGAGAGUGAUGAGGAGAUGGAUGAGGAGGAGGAGGAAGAUAUUGAGGUGUCUCCUGUGAAGCCUGCUAAGAAAGCACCCGCCAAGAAUGGAAAUGCUGCAGGCAAGGUAUCUUUUAGAUCUGAAAAAUUCUAGCACAUUUUAUUUUUGAAUGAUUUUAUAUUUCAGUUAACAUUUUCAGACAUUUGGGCACUUGGCACUGAAAUACACAUACUUCUAGAAUGUGCUAUUCUUACUCAUCAGUAUGUCCAUUCCAAGCUUGGCGAUGAGAUGGUAUGCACAAACUGAUCAGGCUAAUGUUGUUCCCCUUUUCCAGAAAAAGAAGCCAGAGGCAGCAGAUGAGUAAGUGGUGUUAAUCGAUGCGUCUAUGAUGCAUUUAUGAAAUCCAUUUCCUGUAAGUGCUUUACAGAAAUGUAAUUGUUGCUGUAUUCGGUUGCCAGAGCCCUAAUUUAUGCUCUCUCCUUCCAGACCUGCGUCAGAUGAUGAGAACCCUCCCAAAAAGGUGCUUUAA